UCUUUAUAUACCCCCGUCUGAAUUAUCUCCUAUCUCAUUCAUUUGCCUUCUCUACCUCCCCAUCUAUCUCACUGUGCCCAGAAAAAAAAGACAAUAAUGGAUUCCCAAAGCAGCCUCAAACAGCGAACGAGAGGCGAACCUACCCCCACCGCUUCUAAAGACAACAGAAGCAGACGGGACAAGAGAAUGGCCAUGGCCAAACGCGGUUUUAGGUCUCUAGCCGUUGCAGUUUCCUUACCGGUCUCUCUCAGCCUCUUGUCGAUCUACCUGGGGGGUUCGAGUAACAGCUAUGCUAUUUCCUCCAAACCUUUCUGGUUCCCUCCUCUGUGGGCCUUGCACUUUACCACCAUCGCUUCCAGUUUCUUGAUGGGUCUCUCGGCCUGGCUUGUCUGGGCUCAAGGUGGCUUCCAUAAGAAACCCAUGGCUGCUUAUCUCUAUUUGACUCAGCUGGCCUUCAGUUUGGCCUGGGAUCCAAUCGUCUUCGGAUUCGGAUCCACCCGUGCUGGGUUGAUCGUGUGUUUGGGUAUGCUUGUGGCUUUGCUUGGAUGUUCUAGUGCCUUUAAACAGGUGAAUCCAAUUGCCGGUGAUGUUAUGAAGCCUUGUAUAGCAUGGAAUGCCUUUUUGGCCAUUGUAAAUUUUAAGCUAAUUUUCAUUUGAAGUUUUUUGUUUAUACCAUAGUUUUUGACAUGUAGUAUAAUAUCAUAUACAUAUAUAUAGAUGGUUUGUGCGUCAA